AUACCCACAGGCACACACUUGCAUAGAGAGCUCAGCAGUUCUUGAAAUAACAGAGCACACAAAGACAGACUGAAGUUGUGCUACAGGUUUUUGACUUUCCUGUGUGCUUAGGGGAGGAAUGGCAGGUGGUAAGUGCAGAGUGAAGACUUGGACUGACCUCAGCCUCAAUGAAGCAACUUCUAGCAAAUCUCAGGAGAUCGCCUACACCGAGGCUGCGACAAGGAAACUCUCAGCAGACGCUGUGCUGCAGAUGGCCAUCAGUGAGGUGGAGGACACAAUGAAACGUCUGGGCUCCAAUGCUGAUGAUCGUUCACGCCUCGCUACCGCCCUCUCCUGUCUAAAGAGUCCUGCAGAGACAGGUGAAGAUGUGAGGCCUGACUCCCAGCAGCCCACAGCCAGCCAUGGCCGCUUGAUUUCAGUAUCUGUGGUUCCAAACUCGGAUGACAACCUACCUACUGAGGAUAUGGUUGAAGCCUUCUCAUUGGAGCCAAAGUCCACCAAAACUAUCCCUACACCUCCGCCACCCUCCCGCAAACUGUUGCAGCUCCUGCCUUUCUCCAUUGCUCUGACACGAAGCAAGAGUCACGAGUCACAGCUUGCAAACCGCAUUGAGGAGCCUGCAAAGCCCAAGGCCAAUAAGAAGAACAAGAAGGCAUUGGCUGCUCUUCAGGUCAAUGGCUUUGGCAGUAGUCCUGAGGAUUCAAACCCACGGUCUCCCCUGCUUUCUGCUCACACAUACAGUCCUGUCCCUGUCUCAGCACCGUACACAAUGACGGCUGCCCCCACCCAACUGGACAACUCUGUUGUUCAAGGCACUUCUCCUCAUACAGUAAGACGAGAUAUUGGCUUGGCUGUUACACACAGGUUUUCAACAAAAUCUUGGCUCUCCCAGACAUGCCAAGUGUGUGGCAAGAAUAUGAUGUUUGGUGUCAAGUGUAAACACUGCAAAUUAACAUGUCACAACAAAUGUACCAAAGGUGCUCCGUCUUGUCGGAUAUCAUUUCUCACAUUGCCAAGGAUGCGCAGAGCAGAAUCAGUGCCGUCUGAUAUCAAUAAUCGAAUUGAUCACACAGCAAAAAGCCCUCUUCAGUUUGGCACUUUACCAAAGGCCAAAAGGGAGCCUCCUGUCUCUUCCAUCCAACUUGACUCCAGUAGUAACCCAUCAUCAGCCGCCUCCUCCACACCUUCCUCUCCAGCACAUUCCCAGCGGAGUAACACUCCCAGUGUCAGUGCCACACCCCCACUUAACACAUCACCUGAGUCUUCCUGCCAUGACAGCUUUCACUUCCCAGGUCAGCCCACUGUACACACUGAUAUUUCUGAUUCAAUAUGUUCUGGUGGUCAGCAGUUUGACACGUCCUAUGACUCUGGAGAAUCCCAGACAGCCACCACACAGAUGCAGGUAAAUGCAGAUGAGGACAGGACAGGACAGUCUCAGGACCAGGAAACAGUGGUCAAGUAUCUAACUGAGGAUGACUUUGAUGAAGAUGGACUGCAAGAUCUGGCCGCAUCAAUCUGCCGUCGUGGGACGGCUGGGCGCUGGAGGCGGAGCAUCAACUGUAAGGCUAGUCAGACCAGCGUCUACCUGCAGGAAUGGGACAUCCCGUAUGAGGAAUUGCAGCUAGGAGAGCUUAUAGGCAAGGGUCGCUGGGGGAAGGUGUACAGGGGUCGCUGGCAUGGUGAGGUGGCCAUUCGUCUUGUGGAGAUUGACGGCAAUAACCAGGAGCACCUAAAGCUUUUUAAGAAGGAGGUGAUGAACUACAGGCAGACCAGACAUGAAAAUGUCAUCCUAUUCAUGGGUGCUUGCAUGGCCCCGCCCCACCUUGCCAUUGUCACCAGUUUCUGUAAAGGUGUGACUUUAUACUCUUUGGUAAGAGAAAGGGGUCAUUUGUUGGACAUCAAUAACACCAGACAAAUUGCACAAGAGAUUGUGAAGGGCAUGGGCUACCUGCAUGCCAAAGGCAUAAUUCACAAAGACCUGAAGUCAAAGAAUGUGUUCUAUGACUCAAACAGGGUGGUUCUAACAGAUUUUGGUCUAUUUGGGAUGUCCGGUGUCGUACAAGAAUGCAGAGUAAAGAAUGUGCUAAGGAUUCCUCAAGGCUGGAUCCACUAUCUCUCGCCAGAGAUUGUUCGCAAAAUGAGCCCAGAGAUUGAAGAAGACCAGCUGCCAUUCUCCAAAGCCGCUGAUGUUUACGCUUUUGGCACAGUCUGGUAUGAGCUGCAUUUCAGAAACUGGCCAAUGACCAACCAGCCUACAGAAGCUCAAAUCUGGUUAGUGGGCAGCAGUGAGGGCAUCAAGAAGGUGCUGGCAGAUGCCACUCUGGGCAAGGAAGUUACGCAGUCUUAGUAGGGAAGCCCAGACUUCCUGGUGCCCGGCCACCUCCUCCAGCUCCACCGGGAAGACACGAAGGUGUUCCCAGGCCAGCUGUGAGACAUGUUACCAGGCCAGACAUGUGUGACAUAGUCGUCUCCCAACCUGAAAGGUUGUGGGUUCGUCCACCAUCCUCCUGUGAUUGUGUCGAUGUGUCCUUGGGCAAACACUAACCCCCCAGCUGCAUCAUCAGUAGGUAAAUAUGCUAGCAAAGUCAAAGCGCUUUGAGUGCCUUGGAGGUGGAAAAGCACGAUACAAGUGAAAGACCAUUUACCAUAAUCCCACCAGCGUGUCCUAGGUCUGCCCCUGGCUGGGCAUGCCCGGAACACCUCACCAGGGAGGCGUCCAGGAGGCAUCCGGACUAGAUGCCCAAGCCACCUCAACUGGCUCCUCUCGAUGUGAAGGCGCAGCAGCUCUACUCUGAGACCCUCCCGGAUGUCCAGCCACACUACGAAAGAAACUCAUUUCACCCGCUUGUAUCCGCAAUCUCGUUCUUUCGGUCACGACUCAAAGCUCAUGAACAUAGGUGAGGGUCGGAACAUAGAUCGAACGGUAAAUUGAGAGCUUUGCCUUCCAGCUCAGCUCUCUCUUCACCACGAAUGUCCGGUACAGCGACCGCAUUACUGCAAAUGCUGCGCCGAUCGACCUCACGCUCCAACCUUCCCUCACUCGUGAACAAGACCCCGAGAUACUUGAACAACUCCACCUGGGGCAGGACCUCAUUCCCAACCCAGAGGGAGCAAUCCAAUUUUUCGACUGAGAAUCAUGGCCUCUGAUUUGGAGGUGCUGAGUCUCAUCCCAGAGGCUUCACACUCAGAUGCUAACCACCCCAGUAAACGCUGAAGGUCACAGCCCGAUGAGGCUAUAAGGACCACAUCGGACCACAAAUAGCAGAGACAAGAUCUUAAGGCCCCCAAACUUGACUCCCUUGUCUGCGCCUACAAAUUGUGAACGACUCGGUGACAAAGGGCAGCCUUGGUGGAGGCCAAGGUUCACCGGAAACAGGCACGACUUACUGCUUGCAAUGCAAACCAGGCUCCUGCUCAGGUUGUACAAGGACCGAAUGGAACGUAGUAGCGUGCCACCAAUCCCAUACUCCCCCCCACAGGACACCGCGAAGGAAACGGUUGAAUGCCUUUUCCAAGUCCACAAAGCAUAUGUAGACCGGUUGGGAAAACUCCCAUGUACCCUCCAAGACCCUCUCAAAGGUGUAGAGCUGGUCCAGUGUUCCGCGACCGUGACGAAAACCACACUGCACUUCCUGUAGCCGAGGUUCGACUAGCAGUCAUACCCUUCUCUCCAGCACCCUGGAAUAGACUUUCCCAGCUAGGCUGAGAAGGUUAUAGUUAGAACACACCCUCCGGUCACCCUUCUUGAAAAGGGGGACCACCACUCCGGUCUGCCAAUCCAGAUCUACUGUUCCCGACUUCCACCCAAUGUUGAAGAGACGUGUCAGCCAAGACAGUCACUCAACGCCCAGAGCCUUGAGGAAUUCAGGGCAAAACUCGUCCACCCCUGGAGCGUUGCCUCUGGGGAGCGUUUUGACAACCCCAGAUACCUCUGCCACGGUGAUGGAACUGUUUAUGUUCGUGUCCUCUGACUCUGCUUCCUCUACGGAAGGUAUGUCAGUGGGAUUGAGAUUGAGUGGGGAGGACGAGAACGAGGAUAUCGAGUCUGAAUGGGCCGUAUUUCGUGCCUCCAUUGCUGAGGUAAGCAAUCGGAGCUGCGGCCGCAAGGUGGUCGGUGCCAUUUGCAACAGCAAGCCCCGUACCAAAUGGUGGACACCAAAUGUCAGGGCUGCCGUCAAACUGAAGGAGUCCUAUCGAGCAUGGAUGGCUUGUGGGACUCCUGAAGCAGCUAACAGGUACCGGCAGGCUAGGUGGCACGCGGCUUCGCCGAUGGUCGAGGCAAAAACUCGGGUGUGGGCGGAGCUCGGUGAGGCCAUGGAGCACAACUUUAGGUUGACCUCAAAGAGGUAAUCUAUAAUCUGCUGUUGAGUUUAUGUUUUUGGGUUACAGGUGGACUGAAGUGUCUUGUAAAGUGUCUUGUUAAUGUUAUUACUGUGUAUAUCAUAAUUAUAUAUAAUAAAGAUGCACAAUAUCUUUUUUCAAACCAAUACCAAUAACUUUGUGCUUCUCAAGACCGAUAUGGUACCGAUAACCGAUUUAACUAUAGUUUGUGCACACCUGGAGGUAAGAAGGACUGGAACAAAUUUGGGUUUGACCAACUGUAUACCUGUUGAGUUGUCCGAAUCAAAUAUCAUGACAUUACUACUACCACAUCACUACUAUCAGGGGAACCAGAAUAUAGAGCGGAGGGAGUCACCUGCUGUGGCCCAGCAAAGUGCACUGUAUUCGGACACACACUCCGAGCAGCAGGUGUGACGCCACGAAGGUCUCUAGCAAACCUUUUGCAAAAUGCGCAUUGCUGGAAUUUCUGGUGGCCGAUAAGCAUUUUGUGUGCUUAUCAGGUUUUUUUUCCCCUCAUUGCAGAGCAUUUGUUACAACUAUCACGCAAAAUGUCUUCCUCGGAAAGUUUGUUUAGAUGUGAGGUCAGGGGACGUUACGACAGGCCGUUAACAUCACAGGCAGGAGAGAAAAGGAGCAUUUGAUUUGUUAACCUGCACAGUACCGGUAAUGAUGACCUCAAUGGAGCAUUUUCAGUUAUCUGCACUACUUUUAAUGUUAUGGAAUUUGUCGGUAUGAUGUCAUAAUUCGAAAAUUAUCAGACCGAUAAUUAUUGUGAACCCCAAUAUAUAAUCAUAUUUUGAUGAAUGGUUGAAAUGUUUUAGUGUAGGGGUGCAACGAUUCCUUGAAUAAUUCGAGUACGUCGAUUACAAAAAAUAAUCAAGGAUUUUUUUUCUACAUUGAGGAAUCGCGUACGUCACCCAAGCAAGGAACAAAUAAGGAGGUUUGAAGGUGAAGCAAAAAUGGUAAAAAUAAAGCAAAAGGCACAAUGAGAAAAAACUGCAAUGUUGACGCCAACAACCAAUAAUGACCUGUAGGGACAGGUCAUUAUUGGUUAUUGGUUGUACUAGCUACAGGGGUCCCUUCUCUACAAACUAGUACUAGGGCCACACCAAGGAAUACCACAAAAAAUAUCAAUACGAUGAAAACUUUGACACAGUCAAAUCGCCUGGUGGCUGAGUCAUCAUCCAGCCCGGCCCUCCACAAACCCACCACUCAUGGAGGGGACACAGCAUAUGGGUUCCACUGCAAUGUCUGUUGGGCGGUGGUCCAGGUGCCUCAAUGGUCUAGUCCUCCUUCACCCAACCUAGUGAGGGAAUGCCAAAAUGUGAGACUGACAGGCUUAUCAGUCCAGCAUCUGCAGUCAAGCAGGCGCCGUACCGGACCGUUGUGGUGGGACGGCUGAGCUAGAAGGCAAAGCUGUCAAUUUUCCACAUGACUGCCAUCAAAUAUGAUCACAAGAUUUUGGUAGUGACCGAAAGAGCAAGAUAGUGGAUAGAAGCAGGUUAAAUGAGUUUACACCCACAUUAUGGCUGGACUCACGCUCAGUUUCAGAUGCCUCCUCAAUGCCUUCCUGGUGAAGUAAUCAGGUCAUGCCCAACCAGGAGGAUACUCUGAAUGGACUGGAGGAGGUGGCAGGAGACAGGAAAAUAUGGGUUACUUUGUUCAGACUGCUAACCGGACAAGCAGAAUAAAAUUACAACUCUAUAUUCUACUCUUUUUUUCUGUUAAAUAUACCUUAAGCGGCGUUUACAUGUGCACGCAUUUUGAAUCUGCAUUGUCCUGCAAUUUGCUGUGGCAAUGUGUGUCAUUUAUUUAUUUAUUUAUUUAUGGCACGCCUGAAAAGCGUGAAGAGUAAUUUGUGCACAGUUUGCAUAAAUUAUGCACUUGGCACGCAAUUCCUGACCGAAAAUUAUGCGCUUUGGUACAAAAUGACCACGCUCCCACACAACUUAUUUACACCUUGUCAAGUACUGUUUACGUGUAGUGCACGACAAUAGUACACACGACGUGCAUUGCUCCCUCAUGGGUAUGCAUUGUCACCACCACUUCACACAUCUGUGAAGCAGUCGUGGCAUUAUUUGGUCCCGCUGCGUCUUGCUUGAUGGGCAUCAGCCCUAUGGCUUCAUUAAUUCCUCUAUUUGCAAGGCACCUACAAGAUGUUGAAGAAGCUCAUUCAAUAAAGAAAGGUAUGUUAUAUUUUCUCCCAGCUGCAGGUAGAGACUGAGCAAAGAGCAGGAAGGAGGCAAUAAACUAAAAGAAUAUAUAUACAGACAGUGUGAGAGAGGGAAUUGGAUUAGUUCUGAACAGAAAACAGAAAAUCACAUAGGUUGUGCAAACAAUGUUCACGUGCAAACUUGUUCACAGAAAUUCUGCAUGCCACAAAUUUGGAAUAUUUCACCAAUUGACACUGACCAUUUGACCAUUGACACACAAAAUUGCGUACCACUGCAGAGACUAUGUGUAAACAAGGCUUUAUACUUUCGGCUUUUUCCUUUAAAAAAAAAAACAAAAACGCUUUUACAGGAAUAAACAUUCAGCUUUCAUGAUAGCCUAAUUCUCAUGCAAAGAGUCAUACCUGUAUAUUUAUAAGCUUUGUGAUGAUUUGCAACUUUGUCAUCAUGUUAUACAUGUGGUGCCA